GUGCUACCUCGUACGCCAUCAUUUGACAGUUUAAGCUGGUGGAAGACAAACGGAUUAAAAUUUCCUACUUUGCAAAAGAUAGCUCAUGACCUCUUAGCCAUUCCUAUCUCUACCGUUGCUUCAGAAUCGGCCUUUAGCACUAGUGGGAGAUUGAUUAGCCCGCAUCGUAGUAGACUUCAUCCUACUACUUUGGAGGCGUUGAUGUGUGCUCGCACUUGGUUAUGGAACGAGAUAAAUGGUUCGUGUUCAAGCAUUGAUAGAGUUUCAUGUCCGACGAUGCUUGAUGAAGAAGAAGAUCCAGAUGUUUCAGUUGCUUGAUAACUGAAGGAAGUCGGAGAUGCAUUAUUUCUGAUGAAGAAGAAGAUCCCAAUGUUUCAAUUUUUGCUUUGUUGUAACAGACUAAUCAGAGUUCUCAUUUAGUAUUAUUUCUGCUGCGACUGGUUUGUGUAUCUACUUUAUUAAGAUGUUCGUUUUCCAUUUGCUAAGUUGGUGUCUGCAUUUGUGUUU